AUGGCUCUACCAACCACCGAAGUGUCACAUACGUGUCACGGGUCCCUGGUCCCCGGGUCGGCUCGUCCCGACCUCGGUCAGGCAGACGCGCCAGGGAACCAGUCCCGUCGGCUGCACGGUCUGGCCGGUUACAGUGCCACCGUUGCGGUGGCACGCGCUCGCGGGCCUACCAUUGCCGACACUACCACGAUCCAUCAGCGUAUCCCGCGAUAG